AUGGGAGGGGAGCGCCGCCGGGGAGGGCGGGGGCCUUGCUGACGCGUGACCUCCAACCUUUCGCCGGCUAUUGCGCAAGCGCACUACCGAGUGCCCGCGCUCUCUGCCUGGCUGCGCGUGCGCUGCACCAUCGACGCAUGCGCAUUGACUGGCAGGGCAGCUCGCUGGAGCAGGAGGAAGCAGAUAUCCUGAGCUCGAGGGACGUGCCGAAGGUCAAUCGGCUUAGACCCAAUUCUACCCGGGAGACCAGCGGUCACGGGAGAACCGCCCAGCAGCAGCAGGCGAACAGAAGCAUCAGGUCGAUGUCACUGCUGGCUCGGGCGCCCACUGGCUGGCAUAGGCUCUCUCAGCUCAGGCCUCCAGCCCUACCCAGGACCAUAGGAGGUGAAGCCCUCCAUGUGUGUUGUCGGCUCUCAAGGCAGAGCCCCCCAGAGGUGGGCAGACAGGGCAGGCCCCAGGGCCCUGGGCUGCGAACUAGACUGCUGAUCACAGCCUUGUUUGGGGCUGGGCUGGGUGGGGCCUGGCUGGCUGCAAAGAAUGAGAAGGAGCGGCGGCGCCAUAAGCAACGGACAGAGGCCCUGCGCCAGAUAGCUCUGGGCCAGGGGAACUUCAGCCUGGUGGACCACCAGGGCCAGCCUCGCUGCAAAACCGACUUCCGGGGCUGCUGGGUGCUGAUGUAUUUUGGCUUCACUCACUGCCCUGACAUCUGCCCAGAUGAGCUGGAGAAGCUGGUGCAGGUGGUCCGGCAGCUGGAAGCUGAGCCCGGCUUGCCCCCGGUGCAGCCCGUAUUCAUCACUGUGGACCCUGAGCGGGAUGACGUCACAGCCAUGGCCCGCUACGUGCAGGAUUUCCACCCAAAGCUCCUGGGUCUCACUGGCUCUACUGAGCAGGUGUCUCACGUGACCCGUAGCUACCGUGUGUACUACAGUGCUGGCCCCAAGGACGAGGACCAGGAUUAUAUUGUGGACCACUCCAUUGCCAUCUACCUGCUCAACCCUGAUGGCCUCUUCACAGACUUCUACACCCGGGCCAGGUCAGCUGAACAGAUCGCAGACAGUGUGCGGCACCAUAUGGCCCUCUUCCAAAGUGUCCUGUCUGAACCCAGUCAAUAAAGGUGUGACGGAACUGCA